AGCCGGGGGUCACAUGACGGGGCCGGAAGCGGCGCCGGGAAUGGCUCUGAGGGAGGGUGCUGAGGCGGGAGCCGGAGUCUGGAGGCGGGAGCGGCCACCAUGUCCACUCAGCGACUGCGGAAUGAAAGCUACAGUGACUACAGUUCCACGGAGGUGAGCCCCACUGAGUCCCCUUCCAACGGACUAGAUGGCUUCUCCGGCUCGAGCUCCUACCAGCGGUUUGGGGAAACCAAUGGGACAACAUGGUUCCAAACCUUGAUCCACUUACUGAAAGGAAAUAUUGGCACAGGUCUCCUGGGGCUGCCCCUGGCGGUGAAGAAUGCAGGGAUCUUGUUGGGUCCUCUCAGUCUGUUGGUCAUGGGCAUUGUGGCCGUGCACUGUAUGGGCAUCCUGGUGAAGUGUGCUCAUCACAUCUGCCAGAGGCUACACAAACCCUUUGUGGACUAUAGCGAUACGGUGAUGUACGGGCUGGAAGCUAGUCCCAGCUCUUGGCUUCGGACUCAUUCCCUAUGGGGAAGGCAUAUGGUGAACUUCUUCCUGAUUGUCACCCAGCUGGGCUUUUGCUGUGUGUAUUUUGUGUUUCUGGCUGACAACUUUAAACAGGUGGUGGAAGCAGCCAAUAUGACAACCAACAACUGCCGGAGCAAUGAGACAGUGGUGCUGACACCCAUCAUGGACUCACGACUCUACAUGCUCACCUUCCUGCCUUUCCUGGUGCUGCUGGUGUUUGUCCGAAACCUCAGAGCCCUGUCCAUCUUCUCCAUGUUGGCCAACAUCAGCAUGAUGGUCAGCCUUAUCAUGAUCUAUCAGCACAUCGUCCAGGGAAUCCCAGAUCCCAGAAACCUGCCCUUGGUAGCAAGUUGGAAGACCUAUCCCCUGUUCUUUGGCACAGCCAUCUUUGCAUUUGAAGGCAUUGGAGUGGUGCUUCCCCUGGAAAAUAAAAUGAAGCAGCCCCAGCUUUUUCCAGUCAUUCUGUAUGUGGGGAUGGCCAUCGUUACCCUUGUCUACAUCAGCCUGGGGUGCCUGGGCUACCUUCAGUUUGGAGCAGCCAUACAAGCCAGUAUAACCCUCAAUCUGCCCAAUUGCUGGUUGUACCAGUCUGUCAAGCUGCUUUAUUCCAUUGGGAUCUUUUUCACCUAUGCCCUGCAGUUCUACGUCCCUGCAGAAAUCAUCAUCCCCUUUUUUGUCUCCCGGGUGACAGAGCGUUGGGCGUUGGUGGUAGACUUGUCUGUGCGCAUAGUCAUGGUCUGUCUGACAUGUGUCUUGGCCAUCUUGAUCCCUCGGCUAGACCUUGUCAUCUCCUUGGUGGGCUCUGUGAGCAGCAGCGCCUUGGCUCUUAUCAUCCCUCCGCUCCUGGAGAUCACCACGUAUUACUCGGAAGGCAUAAGCCCCAUCAUCAUUGCUAAGGACAUCUUGAUCAGCACCUUGGGCUUCAUUGGGUUUGUGGUGGGCACCUACCAAGCAAUCUAUGAGCUGCUCCAGCCAAGCAUGUCUCCUACCGCUGCCAAUGUUACUAGUGCCUUUGUACAAUGACCUUUUCGGUACAUUCUCUGCGCCACUCCACCCCACCAAAUGUCUGUUGCCAAGGCCUUGGGUAAGACUGCGGAUGGAGCAGGCUAGGUAGGGGGCUGUUCUUACUUGGCACCUGCUGACUUAUAAAUAGGCAGGCCAGAGGGACAGGUUAGACUGGAUGAUUCCAAUAGUGAUGGUGAUCUCUCGGUACUCGUUUUACCCCAACACUUUCCCACCCAUUCCCUCCCUUCCUACUUUUUGUGGCUUUGAUCUUAGUGUAGCACACCUCUCUCCAUCUUUCACCUAGAUAGUUUCCUCUCCUCUGGACAGCCUCCACAAACAAGGAUCAUGGUCCAUCUGUUUGGCUGCUAUCCCUGUUGUUUUACCUCUGUUUUUCCUGCCAUCAGGACUCUUCCAGGGGGCUGCAUCUUAAGCCACUUUCAGCAGAAUACUUCAAAUUACAGCCUUGAUCCUGGCUUGAUCCAGGUUUUCUGGAGCACCUUAGGCAGCACCUUCCCCUCAAAUCUACCAAAUCUACAUUCCUCAUGUCUUAGCACUUUGAACACACUGAGUACUGUCCGAGUUCAAAAACUUUCUGUUUUAUUUCAAGUUAGGUCUCUGCUCCUGAACUCUUUCUGAGUCUGUAGUUGCUGGGGUCGUUACACCCAACUUAUUCUUACCAAACCUCACCCUUGCUCUUCCUAUGAAGAGAAUGACUUGAUUUAAACUCGGAAUUUAUUGUACAUUUGGCAUAAAGAUGGGGAAAGCAGCCUACUACUCUCAUAACCAUCCUCUAAGAGAAGAUUAAUGUACUUGGGACAAGACUUGAGGCCUGCAUGAGGCCAAAAGACAACAGGAUUGAAAGUGUGUCACUGGAAGUUCAGAAAAUUAAUUCUAUAAGCCAGGCUCCCCAGUCUCUAUGAGAAUGAAUUGAAAGGUAUGACAGUAUUCUUAUUGAUGGGCAUAUACUGGAACCCUGAAUCCAUCCCAGUCUGGUUAAAUUGGCAGCAUAUGUCCCUGCCUCAUUCUCCUUCCUGGCUAGGGGUUAUGCAUUCCAUUGACAAAGACGCGAGAAGUCAAGGUCCGCAAGCCUAGGCCUUGAGGUUGUGUAGAAACAACGAAAUUGAGGAAUUUCCACCACGUGGGGUGAAGUUAUAUUGUUGCAUUUGAUUAGUUAAGAAGUUCAGAGAGCUCUGGAUAGUACAGUCCUUGCUGGCUCCAGAGCUUUCUCUCUGUCCCACACUUCUCGUGAGCCCCAUUAGCUUACUUGGGGCACUGGUAACACUAUUAUAAGGGAUCCUAUCCUUUUUUCCCCAUGAGGCUUCCCUAUAUGCCAGGGGCAUUGGUUGCUAAAGAUCAGAGGCUACAUUAGCCUAAAUUAAGGUUUUGGAAGCUCCCUAGUCCUGAGUUUGAGAAGGGGCUGAACUAGCUUCUUGAAGAUGAGUCUCACUUGUCUGACUUUUUACUGUUUCCUCACCCUUUCAGCUCAGUGAUUAGGAAGCGAUCAAAAGGGCAUUAAUGAAUUCUUCGGCUGUGUGUGUUGGCCCAGAGGGUUUUAGCAAAGGUCCAUUUGGUGCCUCUCACACUGCUCCCUGUGCCAGUACGCCUCUGCUCUGCUGCCCUGGAAAUGCAGGUGCCUUAGGGAGUAGGGUUAGGGAAGGGAAGUUCAUCUCUUCAUCUUGGCUUUGCCUUUUUGCCUUCAAGUGAGACUCAGGCUUCUAUGUGAGCACUUGGUGCUUAGGUCAGUGCAAUGGCUGAAGGUAAAAGCUUCAGUCGUGGCCACCCUGUUUCUCUGGAAUCAACAGAAUAUCAGGGGUCCUUCUUCCCUUCUCUGUUGGUCCAAAGCCAAGUAUGGCAGGAUGUUAGGUGAAGGGCCUGAGGAAGGAUUCCUUUUUAAAUGUACAACAUCUCUUAAUGGAUAAAAGACACUUAAAAACUCUACAACAAGGAUUUACAUCAAACAAUCAAACUGAGGACUUAUUCUGGUCCCAUGCCUGUUAGAACCAGAUUACAAUUUGUGCCUUGGUUUUUGCCGAUGGGAAUUUUGUUUUCCAUCCCAUGCUGUUAGGGGAUAGUAAAGGGGCUUGAAAAAUAAAUACAAACUAGACUGGAUAGGAGGCUCUGGUUCUUUGGUUCUUAAAUUCCAGAAGGGAAUUUAAUAGGUUUUUUCCCCCACUAUUGGCCAAGCUUCUGGAAUCUAUGUAACCACCCUGAAAUUGGCCUGGCAGUUUAUCCAGAAUGGUCCUCAGGCCUUCUUCCCUCUUCUUAUUUCUUUGGAACCCCUUCUGCUUCAAUGCUGUGGCCUAGGCCGUGACCUCAGGGCCUGGAACGCUUGACUCAGAGGCCCAGCAUCUCCCAGCUGUGGAGCAGGGUCCACAUCAGCUUUUUGCUCUUAAGGGAUCAGUGCCUCUGAUUUGCACUUUGUAGAAACUAAGGAAGUUCCUCUGUCCUCUUAAGGGUCCUGGGUAUGCAGCUCAUGUCAGAGGGGGUCUCCUUCCUGCUUAGGCUGCAGAAGUACUCUGAGAGCUUCACUGCUUCUAACAAAAGCCAUCCCUGCCUGAACUUGAUUCUCCCAGAAAGUAGUUACAUGAGAUCCCUCAGCUAGGGGACAAAAGACUUAAAAGGAGAAGGCAGGUACAGGGGAGCUUUUUUUUCCCUUUGUCUUCUGAGUAGAGAAUCAGAGCCCUAAAGACCCUGCCCUCUAGGGAGUGGCUCUCUACCCACUUCCAUAAUCUUCCUGUCCCUUCUUUGUUUCUUCCUCCCCUUGGCACCUCCUUGCUUGGAAAUGUUCCAGGCUUUUUACUGCAAGGGACUCGGUUUCUGUCUGGGUUCUCUAUCUGUUCGCUAAACUGGCUACAUUGGGCUGGUAUUAGCCAAGGGUACACUGAGGGAACCUCAAAGAAUGCAGGGUUCUCUUCUCCCAGUGCAGGAAUUGGGAGCAGGGGUUUCCUAAUCUCACUUGACAAAGUGCAAUCCUACUCAUCUAGGGAGGGGGCAAGGGGAAAUUCCUAAAUUUACCGGGAGCUAGUUGCUCUAUCCUGGUAUGUUGGGUUCAGGUCCCCUGUCUCUGCUAACGUCUACCUUCACAAGGGCAUUAUUUUUAUUUAGUGCCAUCUAAGUGUUGGACUGAUGAGCAUUGCUGUGUACACACAAACCCUGAGCAGAAGUGAAUAGUUUUGUGUUAGCCUAAACCCUAUUGCCUAUAGCCUCCCCAUUCUGUGAUCCAACUUAUCUACCCUAGUUAGUAUUGUAUGUAUAUACUUAGUAUAAAGACUCCAUCCUUUGAAACUAUAAUCUUCCCCUUCAGAAAACCUUCGAGUUUUGUGCAUCUCUUAAAGUAGUGAAACUGAGCUGGAAAAUUAGGAAAGAUCUCUUUGCUCCCUUUCUCUCACCCCUCUAGGUAAAUAUUAGGCAGAAGAAUGAAUGCCUUCUUUAUUUAACACUACAUGCUCACUUCCUGCUUUCUUCAAGUGUAACAGUAAAAUCCCAAACUCAUUGUUUACAGAUUUUAUCCCUUAUUCGCUACUGCAGAUGAAUUGGUCUCAGUGUCUAAUUUGUGUAAUAAGGUAAUAGUAGGUCAGUGCUUGGUGUUGCUCCCUGGGCAGAACAUUAUGCUGCUUACUCUCAGAAGAGCCAUAAAUUUGCUACUUUCUCUUAAGAGCGCCAUAAAGUGAAAAUGGUCUGAUUUGGUGACUAUCGAAUUGCCCUGUAUUUGAAAUCCACAGAAAGGACCAAAUGGUUAUCCACUAGAACAGAGUAAACAAACAUCCCAGACAGCAGCGCAGGCAAGGGGAGACUAGAGGGUGGAAGGGUGUGUUUUGCCUUUGAAAUGUUGGGUAGAGAGGCUUACGCAGUUUAUCCCUCUAGCUCCAAAGUAGUUUGGCCUAAUGGUAUCAGAUUUCUUCUGAAUCUUUGUACCCUCAAAGCCCCUUAUUGGUUUGGUACCAGGGUUGGGGCCAAGCCAGGGGCAGAGAGUGCACAGUCAGAAGUAAUUGGGUUUUGUUAACAUCAAGAAGAGAUUAAUGAAUUAUCAGAGGGUUAAAUUUGAUGUCUAACGAUUACCGAACUGAAAAAUCAACCAAUCAUGUUUGCCAUUGUCCAAAUGAAUAAGAGAGUAGAAAGUCUUAAUCCGAUGUAAGAUCAUCACGUGGCAGAUCCCAGUAACCAGGAUAUCACUGUAUGAUGCAACCACCAGGAGCUGAUGGUAUUGUCAAUGUUUUGUGCCUUGUAUGUUUAUAUUAAGUACAGAUGUGGUUCGUGCAGGAGCUUGUGGGAGACUUUGUGUUUGAUUCUACACAUGGGUCAUGUCUUUUUCCUUUCAAUAAAUGAGGUGUUUUGUUUUGUUUUUUAAUUUUGAGAGGUUUCUGCCAUUGGCCUUGUGUUUGUUUUUUGUUUUUUGUUUUUUUUUUUUGUGGUGCAAAUCCCUUACUGAGCUUAGGUUUAAAUGCUCCUCAUUCAUGUCUCUGGAGGAAAUACUGGUUAUGGGGUGCUAGAUGGGAAGACAGAGAUGAAUGUGGUAGAGUUAGAAAAACUAGUUUGGGAAUCAGAAGAUCCCAUUUCCUAUUUUAGUGCUAUAAGCCCCUAGAGGAUGUUCUAGAUGGCUGGGGAUAAAAACAGAAGGAGAACCAGUCCCUGGCCUCAAGGAGCAUACAUUGUUUUGGGAAGGAUGCAGUGUUGACACAGAUAAGUAAAUGCAAGUCAUUUGAAGAGGGAGACAACACUGCGUACUAGAGGAAGGUCAGAAAAGGCUUGCGGUAGGAGGUAAGCCUCACGGGAAGCUAAGGAUUCUAAGAGGUGACAGUGAGGAAGAGAAUGCAUUCCAACCAUUGGAAAUGGACAAGGCCAAAGCAGGGAGUCAGCAGAUGAGAUAAAUAAACUAAGUUUGUAGAACAGCAAGUGGUCCUGCUUUGGAUGGAAUCUAGUUUAUGUGAAGAAGAGCCAUGUGAAAUAAAUCCAUUAAAGGUAAAUUAGAACCAAAUUGUGAAAAGCCUUAAAUGACAAGCUGAGACCUCUGUGUUUAUACUAAAGGCAAUAGGGAACCACUGAAAAUUCUUAAUGCUCUAGUGACAUGGUUAAGACUUUUAGGAAGAUUAUUGGGACAGCUUUUUAGAGGAUGAAUAGAAAGGGGAGAGAUUGGGAGCAAGGAAAUCAGUCUAAUAAGAUAAUAAACGUGAAAAUGCUCUGUAAUUGCAGCAUCCCAGAAACAGGACCUAUACAGCUAGAUCCAAAUCAGAAAGAUAGCCUAUGCUUAGACUUCCAUGUUUCCUCAGCCUUUUUCCUAUGGAUUGUUUCUCUCUGCCCAGAAUGGGUGGUCUCUAAGCUCCCAUAGAGUCCCAAAGGUGGAAGGGACCUCAGAGGUCAGCUAGGCCAACUUUCUCCCUGAAUGGAAAUUCCCUUUAUCAAAAGCCUCCCUAGUCUCCACUUGAAUACUUCCAGCAGCGAGAAAUAACUCCUGAGUCUCCUGAGGCAAUCCGUAAUACUGUUGGAGUGCUCCAGAUUUUAGAAAGUUUUCCUUUUCUAUGGAUCCAUAUGCCUCUCAGUAAUUUCCACCCAUUGUUUUUAGUUCUUUCCUUUGAGCCAAUCCGAAUCGAUCUAAUGCUUCCUUGUAUAACUAUCCUUCAGUUACUUGAAAACAGCAGGCCAUGUUUCCUCAAAGUCUUUUCCUCUUCAGGCUAAACAUUUCCAGCUCAACAAUUCGGCCUGGUCACCAGGCCUUCCAUCCCGGAUGCUCCCCUCUGGACAUGUAGUUUGAUUUAUCAUUGUCCUUUUAAAUGCGAAGCCCAGAACUGAAUACAGUACUCCAGGUGUGAUCUGGUGCCUGAGAUAGCAUUUGCUUCCUUGACUGCCCCGUGUUUGCUGAUAGUUGUUUGACCCUCACUCCUGCACGUCAGGCUUCCAAGGCUUCUUGGGUAACAGGCUAGAAACACCUAUGUCAACACUCCAUGGAGAAUCAGGGCCCUGAGCCAGGAACUGCCAACUGGGUCACUUCCUUCAGACUUACAAAGCCCCAUCAAAAAUGGAAAAAGCCAGGAGCAGAGUUCUGAGGAGCCUAAGAGGUUUGGGGAUUGCUGAUUGAUAAACACUGACCUGGAAAAGAUACCAAAGCCCAGUUACACUGAGAAUUUUUAAUAGUUUUACAACCACUCUCUCCCUGAAAUAAAUGCCAGCAUCAAAUUAUAGGUGACAGUGCAGGUAAAGAUUGUUCACCUGAGACGGAAUGUUGAAGAUUCUUCCCUAGUUUGACUAGAGAAUGCCCUCUGGUGGCCAGACUCUUAACUUUUAAAAAGGCGAGGAGGCAACAGAGAAAAAGCACAAUGGCUAAACCUAUCAUUGACCUCUCAGAAGCAGGCUAGCUGGGAGGUGACGAUAAGCCAUUAGAGCCUCAAAAUUGGAAUUAACUUCACCAAGUCCUUACCCUAUCCAUUACUCUCUUAUAGCGUCCCUGACAGGGUGGAGGACAGGGGUCAUCCAGCCUCUGCUCCCCCACCUCCAGUGUGGAGCAAGCAUCUCUAGGGAGAUGAGCUCUACAGAGCUUAUGUCAUUAUUAGAUAGUACUAAGCAUUGGAAAGUUCUUCUUUAUUGAGUUGAAAUAUUCUUCUUGUAUCUUUUGUUCAUUGAUUCUUGUUCUGUUUCCUGAAAUAGCACCCUGCCUGAUAAAGGUGGGGAGUGGGACAUUAGCAGGAGAGACUGAAAGUGCUGGUGGGCAGGAUCAGGGCAUGCAGGAAGUAGAUGGUGGCUGUAAGGACUGGGGGAAGGUAAUAGGGACUGGAACAGUAGUAAAAGGCAGAAUUUCCACAUGUGCCCUUUGAGGGCAAUAUGGCAACCAGUAUCACAGAUUCACCCAGGCACAUAGUCUUAAAGGCCUUUUGCCUCAGUGGCUCUCAAAGAAGAGGUAUCUAGCGCCCUGUGUACAUAAGGCUACAUGUACCACUUCUGACUCCAAAAAGCCAGCGCUCUCACCUUCCUCCCGAGGGCUCAGCACAGAAAACUCUCCUUGGGGCCUGCUGUAAAAAAUUUGGCAGGUGUGACUGUCACAGGGUCCCCCUAGAGAAGGAUGGGGGGCCUGUCUAAAGGCCAGUGCUGUCUCUCUGAAAUUACCUCUGGUUUAUCCCGUCUGUGUCAUCUUUGUAUGUAGUUGUUUGCAUGUUGUCUCCCCCGUUAGACUGUAAACUUCCUGAGGGCAAGGACUGUUUUUUGCCUUUUCUUGUACAGUGCCUGGCACAUAGUAGGUGCACAGUAAAUACAGUAAAUGCUUGUUGACUU